CCAAGUGUUUGGUGUGGAAAAGUCAAUAAUUAGAUGAAAAAAGACCUGCGCAGCUAUUUUUAGCUUGUGGCAUGUCAGUGACUACGUUACACCACUACGUUACUACGUAACGCAACGGAAGUGAUAUCUUAUCAGCUGUUUUUCAGCGUUUUGUUGUGCUCCGCGCAUUCGCUGCAUUAUUAUUGUUUUUCAUUACCAAGUCGUUUACCUAGCCCAUAAAAUGUAUUUAAUACAUAUGCAUUCUGAUUGAUUACCAAAGAACAACAACAAAAGCCAACCAAAUUCAGUUCAGGGUCGUUAUUAAUGAUGUAAAUUGAGCUUUGUUGUUGUGCGUGUCCAAGUUCAAUGAAAUAGCAACCACUACAACUAUGUGCCAACCUGUUGACAUUGUCUCUGGGUAGACCUAAAAAACUGGAAAACAUGUUGACCGCGACGAUAGCGAGCUGGAGAACGUGAAACUAACGGCGCGGGAGCGCCGCUUCAUCAAGUUUGCAUCCGUGGAGUACGAUGAUCAGCUCUAUAUGACCCCGCAGGACUUCCUAGACUCUGUUGUGGAGCAGGAACCCAGACCUCGCUUGAAACGUCGGCAGUUGUCCAGCGAUGAAGUGGAUAAGUACAAGGAAAACACUCCUGCUUUGAAGAAGGGCUCCACACGUCUGUUUCGCAACCUUCGGGAUAAGGGCAUUGUCUCCUAUACGGAAUAUUUGUUUUUGCUAUCCAUUCUUACAAAACCCAAAUCGGGUUUCCGCAUCGCCUUCAACAUGUUCGACACGGAUGGAAAUCAGCGCGUUGACAAGGACGAGUUUCUAGUGAUAAUUUCCAUUUUGGCCGGCGCUUUAAAAGACACUCAAAAUGUCGAUCCGCAAACCAAGCAAAUUCUCUCGCGUUUAGUUUCCUACGAUGAGCAAAGUCAAAUGACGAAACCCAUGGCAGUGCCUCAGGCGAAGAGGGGUCUAAUGGAGCGCAUUUUUAGUGGCGCUUGGAAGGAGAAGCACGGCGAGCAAGAGCCAGAAGAGGAACUCGCAACGCCCACUUCCCUUGAGCAGAACUAUGUGAACGAUGGCGAGGGUCUGCAGCGACGUCACAUGGUGCCCACCACCCUGCAGCUGCACUUCUUCGGAAAGCGGGGCACUGGGGUGAUUAACUACGAUAACUUCUACCGCUUCAUGGACAACCUGCAGACGGAGGUGCUCGAGCUGGAGUUCCACGAGUUCUCCAAGGGCAACAGCGUCAUCAGCGAGCUGGACUUUGCCAAAAUCCUGCUGCGGUACACGUACUUGGCCACGGACGAGUAUGAUGUGUUCCUGGAGCGCCUGCUCGAGCGGGUCAAGGAUGAGAAGGGCAUAUCUUUUCACGAUUUCCGGGAUUUUUGCCAUUUCCUUAACAAUCUGGAUGACUUCACGAUCGCCAUGCGCAUGUAUACGCUGGCGGAUAGGGCCAUUUCAAAAGAUGAAUUCUCGCGCGCUGUGAAGAUCUGCACCGGCUAUAAGCUCAGUCCCCACUUGAUCGAUACCGUGUUUGCCAUUUUCGACGCGGAUGGCGAUGGCCUGCUGUCCUACAAGGAGUUCAUCGCCAUCAUGAAGGAUCGCCUGCAUCGCGGCUUCAAAGUAAGUGGUCGUUUCUUUGAUUACAACGAAGCUCUGGACGCCUACGAUGAGCCCGAUUAUCCGCUGUUUGUGGCCUGGCGACAUCGGGUGUGUCGCCACCUGGAUUACUUCAUUGACAGCGAUGCGCUUUGGCACUGAUUACUGAUUAUUUAGAUUAUCUUAAUUUAUUUUAAGUCAUUUAAUGAAUACCUCGUUUUGUUUGCCGCUCUUGUCCCUUUAUCGCUGACCAGCAUUGAAUGUGUGUGUUCAUUUGAUUUUGUCUCGACUGUAAUCGUUUUUGCUUUAAGCUUCAUGUUUAACUGCGUUAACUUAUAAUUUAGUUAAGGACAUUAACCCGAUUUCAUGACAUUUAUUAUUAUUAUUAUUAAAAUUCGCUUUAAUUUGAAUUAGCCAUAUAACCAUUAAACCCUGAAAUAUA